GCUCGUGAAUGUUUUAAAAUAUGAUAUCAACUAAUCACAGUAAGCCAUCACAAAAAAUCAAUUGUAGGUAUCACAGCUGAAAAAUUAUAAAAUUUAUCAAAAUAUUUUUUUGGGGAGUCUUGUGCGAAAAGAAGGAUAUGUCUGGACUGUCUCCUCGCAUUUUGAAGGAGACGCAGUGUCUCCUGGCGGACCCUACUCCGGGGAUUAGUGCCAUCCCGGAUGAGAGUAAUGCCCGCUACUUCCAUGUUCUCGUCUGUGGACCCCAUGACUCGCCCUUCGAGGGUGGUGUUUUCAAGCUGGAGCUGUUUCUGCCCGGCGAUUACCCCAUGAAGGCGCCGAUGGUUCGCUUCCUGACGAAGAUCUAUCAUCCCAAUAUCGAUAGUUUGGGUCGUAUUUGCUUGGAUGUGCUGAAGGACAGGUGGAGUCCAGCGCUGCAGAUUCGCACUAUUCUCCUCUCGAUCCAGGCCCUGCUAAGUGCCCCCAAUACAGACGAUCCACUGGUCAACGAUGUGGCACAGCUGUGGAAGGUCAACCAGGAGAGGGCCAUUCAGAAAGCUCGGGAGUGGACCUUGAGAUAUGCCAUGAAAAACUGAAUAUUUAACUCCCUAGCGGGGAGUUACCAAAAGAAAGGAAUUAAAUUGGGAAUAACAUUUCA